AUGAUGAAUACAAACGAAAACGCUUUCGAUGAGCCUUCUUUUGACGCCACCAGAAAAAAGAAGAGUAAAAAACGAAUUCAUGGUGAUGCGUUAGCUGAAACUACAAAUACAGCUGUCCCAGCUGAGAACUCUAUUCCCGAUACAACAAAAAAUGAAAAAACCAAUGAUUCUGAUUACUCUUAUGAUUAUUUGAUUUCACGAUUAAGCCAUGUAAUGGUUCAGCAUAGGACAGAAAUGCAUAUUCCUGCGGUGCAAGGAGCACGAAUUGGAACAAAGCGAACAUCAUUCGUUAAUUUUGGUACAUUAUGCAAAGUACUUCAACGAGAAGAAAAACAACUUCAGGAUUAUUACACCGUUGAGUUAGGUGUGCCAACAUCGAUUGACAAGAAUCAUUCUUUAAUCCUUCAAGGACGUUUUACAAUCUCGCAAAUGGAAAACGUACUUCUUUCAUUUAUUAGGAAUUAUGUCACUUGCCAAUCAUGCCGUAAACGUAAUACGCUUAUGGGCAAAUCCAAACGUCUAACGAUGGUCAAAUGUCUAUCUUGUAACUCUGAAUAUGCUGUACAAGCUAUUCAAUCUGGUUUCCAAGCUCAAGUCGGCAAACGCUCGGCAAAUGUAAAAUGA